AAACACUGGAGUUUGACUUAUGUAAAGGACUUCUCACGUGUGGCGUGUGCAUGAAAAUAACAAUACCACGAAGAAAAAGGAGCUCUACUAAAUAACUCCUGCAUCGAUUCGAUAUUGCACUGUUUACACAGUCAGAAAUGGCACGGGCAAAGAAGGCUCCUUCAGAAGCAUCUAAGUCGAAGCAGAAGUCGAGGAAGCAGGAUGGAGAAACUUCUGGGGCUGCAGGACAAACCAUCUCCAAGAAGCUACGGCAAAAGAUGGACGGGAAGACCACAUUGAAAACAGGGCCUGUUUUCCCAACCACCAUGACCAAAGGUUCAGUUCAGAAGAGAAGUGGACCAGGAAGCAUCCUGCACUACAUUUACCAGAGUACACUGGGGCAGAGCCUUCAUUCUCAGAUGAGACAGUGUCUCCAGGAGCCGUUUGUGCGUUCCCUGUCCUCCUAUAAGCUCCACCGUACAGCCAGUCCCUUCGACCGGCGGGUCACCUGUCUGGAGUGGCACCCCACACACCCCACCGUCCUGGCGGUCGGCUCCAAGGGAGGAGACAUAGUCCUCUGGGACUACAGCGUGCUCAACAAGACCAGCUUCAUACAAGGGGUUGGUCCUGGAGGCUCUAUAACAGCUUUGAAGUUUAACCCAUACAACACCACUCAGCUGUUCACCUCAUCUAUCAGGGGAACCACCACACUGCAGGAUUUCAAUGGGACCACUCUCCGCGUGUUUACCAACACAGAGUCAUGGGAUCUGUGGUACUGCUGUGUAGAUGUGUCGUUGAGCAGACAGAUGCUGGUGACAGGAGACAACAUAGGACGAGUCUUAUUGCUGGGCAUUGAUGGACACCAGAUCUUCAACGAGAAGUUGCACAAGGCUAAAGUGACCCAUGCUGAAUUCAACCCUCGCUGCGAUUGGUUGAUGGCGACAGCGUCUGUUGACCACACGGUGAAGCUAUGGGACCUGCGGAACAUCAAAGAUAAGAACAGUUUCCUCCACGAGAUGGUUCAUGACAAAGCUGUUAACUCGGCCUACUUUAACCCAGUGGACUGCUCCAAACUCCUGACCACUGACCAGUAUGACCAGAUCAGGGUGUACUCCUCUUCUGAUUGGUCAACUCCUCAGCAGAUUAUCCAGCACCCACACAGACAGUUUCAGCACCUCACACCGAUCAAGGCCUCGUGGCACCCCCUCUAUGACCUGAUGGUGGUUGGGCGGUACCCUGAUGAGAGGGUGUGUCCAGGUGCCCUGAGGACCAUCGAUAUCUACGACGCCAACACGGGAGAGCUGGCAUGCCAACUACUGGACCACAACGCCCCUGGGAUCAUAUCGGUCAACAAGUUCAAUCCAAUGGGAGAUGUUUUAGGAUCUGGAAUGGGAGUGAACAUCCUAGUGUGGAACAGAGGUGAGACGUUGGCUGGUAAGCAGCAGAGAGGAGAGCUACAACAGGAAGCAGGAGUCCAGGUUGGCAGAGAUAGAGGCCAGCGGGGAGAAGGCGGGAGGCUCGGAGGGGGGAGACGGGGGAGGAUGAGGACGACAUUGGGAAGCUGA